GGCUCCGGAGGGUGAUCAGAUAAGGGUGAGCUGUGGCCAGCACGCCAUCGCCUCCUGGAACUGCCUGCUCCCAGCUGUCCUGUCCUGAGGUAGGCGAGGAGGUCAGCAACCUGGGCGGAGCAAGGGAACUUCUUUAGAACAGACCCCUCGAUCCCCUACCCUCGGGUUAGCCCAGAGCAAGCUGGUUGGUCAGUCACCCGGGGUCCAGAGCACCUAGAGAUUGUGUGCAGCGUGCUGUGUGUGCCUUGUCUCUGGUGAGAGCCCAGCUUUCUUCAGCUUUCCCUGACCUCCCCAGCCUCCCAAAAGAGAAAAGAAGCACUGACUUAAGGAUGAAGAAGGGACCGCUCUGACCUGCACUGGCAGGACUUCAUCUGAGAGAGGAAAGGUAGAAGGACACUCAGGGCUUCACCUGACCUUGGAUCGGGUUUCCAUGGGAGCCUCUUCCCAGAUGCCUGCUCCAAUCUCAGGCUGUUCCCAGCCCUGCCCAUGGCUCUCACUGCGGCACAGACACGAUGUCUUAUACAUGGCAGGCACUCGGUACAUACUUGUUGAACAAACAGGGACUCUAACAACACUGCUGCCAAGAAAAAUAGGAUUACAUCACAGUGCCAUAAUAAAAUGUGACAUACUGACCCUAGUAUUCCAUGACCAUCACUGCCAUCAUUACGUGGCUUGUGGUCCAUGAGCUCCCGGUGGCUCCCACGCCUUUCUCCUUCCUGACCUCAUUCCACUAACCCUGCCGCUGCUGACAUUGGCGCAGUUUUGUUUUUCCCCCUCCUGAUAAUGAAAACUUUUGCUAGGCUCCAUGGCAGCCUUGGUUCAGAUAAUUACCUCUGGUUGAAGGAGGCUCCCAGGCUCUGACACGUGCAGACCUCUCGCCCUGCCCUCCUCACUGCUGCUGUUGUGUUGCAUGUUUUAGUGCUCAGCCACUGCGAAAAGCCUCCAUCCCAGAGCCAGGAUGGCUUUAUAGCUGUAGGCUCUAUUUUUAACAACGCCAGCUUCCUAGGAAAGUCUUCGGUCUGUCACAGGAUCACAUGCCCUCCAGCUCUCUCUCUACUCCUGCCCGGCCUGGCCCUGCUUGCUUCUCCUGCCUCAUACAGUCACUCUUGCCUUUGGGCUCCUAUAACCCUGCAUGCUUACCUCGGCAACUGCAUUUACCACCUUGCAUUGUGGUUGCCUUUUAUUUAUCUGAUCUCCCUUCAAGCACGGGCUUCCUUUAUAGCACAGUGCCUAGCACAUAUCAAGUUCAUUCAUUCACUCAACAAACAUUUACUGAGCACCUACCAUGUGCAAGGCAUUGUUCUAGACUCUUGGAAUACACCAGUGAACAAAACAAACCAAAACUGCCUGUAUUCUCAGAGCUCACAUUCCAGUAUGGAAGAUGAACCACAAUAAAUGAGUAAAUUAGAAGUUAGAAAGUGAUAAGCACUAUGUAAAAAACAGCAGAGUGUGUGGAAGUGGGAAUUAAAUUUGACAGGAUUCAGGAGACAUAAGUGGAAAUCCUUCUUUUCCUCCCUGACUCAGUUUAACAAGUGACCCCCAUGCCCUUGACAUAAUUUUUGUACUUUGCACCAUGACUGCAUUUGGUAGAUUCCUCUAACCAAACUUUGGUGACCCCUGAUAAAUAUAAAUAGAUUUGAAAAGAAUAUGUUGAGAUGUAACACUUUAAACCAGUCAGAUUAGGUAGAUCACUCGUACAUGUCAAUCUUUUUUAUGCGCAGCACACACAGAACAUAUUUGUCCGGCAUACUUAGGUUUCCCAGAGCCUGAGGGUGGCACUGUCCCAGUGCACCUGGAAUUCAUUUCAGCCACCUGGCUGUAGUCAGCGAACCUCAGCCUGCUUUAGAUCACCUGGAUGAUAGAGAUGCAGAGUCUUGAGGCUCACUGAGUUCUGGGGGAAGGCCUGGGACUCUGCUUUUUUCACACCUCUCCUUGCUGUUUUGGUGCUGGUGGUCUUUGGACCCCACUUGAGGAACACUGCUGGGCAGCACAGCAGAGGUAGAUGGAAAAUCACAAUAUUUGCCGUGUCCUUGUAUUUGAAGUUGGGAGCUAAGGAAAGAAUGAUGUAAAGCAGGGGUUUCUCAAACUUAUACAUGCAUCAGACUCCCCUGUAGGGCCUGAUAUAAUGGGGUUGCCUGGCCCACCCCAGAGUUGCAGGAUGGGCCUGAGUGUGUGCAUUUCCAAACCGGAUCCAGCUGAGGUUGAUGCUGCUGCCCACGGGCCCCACUCUGAGAGCCACUCAUGUAAAUCAUUUAGGAAGCAUGUGUACUUAGGAAUGUGGAUUCCUGUAGCUAAAUUCACAAAGACAAAAGUGGGGUUCAUUUUUGGAAGAUAAGACUAAACCCUUUAGUCAGAAAGCAUCAAAAAAUAGAUCUGAGAAACUAAAUCAGAAUAAAUUUCCUCUUUGAUAAAAAUGCUGCUCUGUGACCUACCCUCACAUGUCUGCCUGCUAACCUGUGAUGUGCUGGUGAAUGUGUAACAACCGAUUGUUAGGGACCAAGGGUGGAGGGGGCAGAUCUGUAUCACUUGCCCGUUUCUGUCCACCACGGCCAGUGUAAAGCUACCAUCGUGGAGUCACUGAGCAUGGGACUGGGAAGAGCUGCUCGGUGGCUCUCUAAAGCCCACAGGAGCCAGCUCUGCACACCACUGCCUCCAGCUCCUGGAGGGGUUUGCAGCCUUUCAUGCAGCGUCUCAUUGUCCAGCUAGUUAUAGGUCACAGUGUCCAGGUUAAGCAAGGACUGUUUCCAUCUAGGCUGUGGUUACAGUCUGAAUACAUAAACCCAAACGACCCAUCUUUCCUGCUUGUGGCCUGUAGUGUUUGUGGAGCCCUAGAGUUUUGCCUCUAAGUGCUGGGCCCAGCUCAGGUCCAGGUGACAAACCCCUUGGGAAAGUCUCCUUCCCCCACAUCCUGGAAGGUUCCAGAUCUCUGUCUAUAGCUGUAAGAGCUGAGGCACUUCCGAUACCAAGCUCGGGGCGAAGAUUUAAUGCCAUGUAAACCCAAGUGAGCUAAAACCAUUCCUUGCUGAAUUAAUUAUUUUUCAAGGCAACCGCUUUCUUAGACAAGUGAGUAGAAAACAUUAGGGAAUUUUGUUUGUUUGUUUGUUCCAUAAAAUAAAACAACAGAGAGCCAGAGCUCUCUUAAGGCAGAGCCUGCAAACGUCCCUGACAGUUCAGGUCGCGGUCAUGGGAAGUAUUCUGAAUACAGAUGACACAGGGGUAGCAAUGGCCCCUGAUCCACAGAGACAGAGACCAAGUUCAGGCCCAUUCGUCUCCUCUCGGAUUCUCUCCACUGCCUUCUCUGCCUGCCUCCUCGCUUUGACUCAGUUCUGCUUUCUCUCUUUCCUAACUUUCCUUCAUCUUUCCAGAUGCAGGACGCUAUGGGCUAUGAGUUACCCUGGGUGUAUUUUGUCAGUCUGGUCAUCUUUGGAUCCUUUUUCGUUCUAAAUCUGGUUCUCGGUGUGUUGAGCGGAGAGUUCUCCAAAGAGAGGGAGAAGGCCAAGGCUCGGGGAGAUUUCCAAAAGCUGCGAGAGAAGCAACAGCUGGAAGAGGACCUGAAAGGCUAUCUGGACUGGAUCACACAGGCGGAAGACAUCGACCCCGAGAAUGAAGAUGAAGGCAUGGAUGAGGAGAAACCCCGAAACAUGAGCAUGCCCACAAGUGAGACGGAGUCUGUCAACACUGAGAACGUGGCUGGCGGUGACAUCGAGGGAGAAAACUGUGGGGCCAGGCUGGCCCACCGAAUCUCCAAGUCGAAGUUCAGUCGCUACUGGCGCCGGUGGAAUCGGUUCUGCAGAAGAAAGUGUCGCGCCGCAGUCAAGUCCAACGUCUUCUACUGGCUGGUGAUUUUCCUGGUGUUCCUCAACACGCUCACCAUUGCCUCAGAGCAUUACAACCAGCCUCACUGGCUCACAGAAGUCCAAGACACGGCCAACAAGGCACUCCUGGCCCUUUUCACUGCAGAGAUGCUGCUGAAGAUGUACAGCCUGGGCCUGCAGGCCUACUUCGUGUCCCUCUUCAACCGCUUCGACUGCUUCAUCGUGUGCGGAGGCAUCCUGGAGACCAUCCUGGUGGAGACCAAGGUUAUGUCUCCCUUGGGCAUCUCUGUGCUGAGAUGCGUUCGGCUCCUGAGGAUAUUUAAAAUCACCAGGUACUGGAACUCCUUAAGCAACCUGGUAGCAUCCUUGCUGAACUCCGUGCGCUCCAUCGCCUCCCUGCUGCUGCUCCUCUUCCUCUUCAUCAUCAUCUUCUCCCUCCUGGGGAUGCAGCUCUUCGGAGGAAAGUUCAACUUUGAUGAGAUGCAGACCCGGAGGAGCACAUUUGAUAACUUCCCCCAGUCCCUCCUGACCGUGUUUCAGAUCCUGACCGGGGAGGACUGGAAUUCGGUGAUGUAUGAUGGGAUCAUGGCUUAUGGCGGCCCCUCUUUUCCAGGGAUGUUAGUCUGUAUUUACUUCAUCAUCCUCUUCAUCUGUGGAAACUAUAUCCUACUGAAUGUGUUCUUGGCCAUUGCUGUGGACAACCUGGCUGAUGCUGAGAGCCUCACAUCUGCCCAAAAGGAGGAAGAAGAAGAAAAGGAGAGAAAGAAGCUGGCCAGGACUGCCAGCCCAGAGAAGAAACAGGAGGCGGUGGAGAAGCCGACAGUGGAGGAGACCAAGGAGGAGAAAAUCGAGCUGAAAUCCAUCACAGCUGACGGAGAGUCCCCACCCACCACCAAGAUCAACGUGGAUGACCUGCAGCCCAAUGAAAAUGAGGACAAGAGUGUCUACCCCAACCCAGAAACGACAGGAGAAGAGGAGGAGGAGGAGCCUGAGAUGCCUGUGGGCCCUCGCCCACGCCCUCUCUCUGAGCUGCACCUUAAGGAAAAGGCAGCGCCCAUGCCUGAAGCCAGUGCAUUUUUCAUCUUCAGCCCCACCAACAGGUUUCGCCUCCAGUGCCACCGCAUUGUCAAUGACUCGAUCUUCACCAAUCUGAUCCUCUUCUUCAUCCUGCUCAGCAGCAUUUCCCUGGCUGCUGAGGACCCCGUCCAGCACACCUCCUUCAGGAACCAUAUCCUAGGCAAUGCAGACUAUGUCUUCACUAGUAUCUUUACAUUAGAAAUUAUCCUUAAGAUGACUGCUUAUGGGGCUUUCUUGCACAAGGGCUCCUUUUGCCGGAACUACUUCAACAUCUUGGACCUGCUAGUGGUCAGCGUGUCCCUCAUCUCCUUUGGCAUCCAGUCCAGUGCAAUCAACGUCGUAAAGAUCUUGCGAGUUCUGCGAGUACUCAGGCCCCUGAGAGCCAUCAACAGAGCCAAGGGACUAAAGCAUGUGGUCCAGUGUGUGUUUGUCGCCAUCCGGACCAUUGGCAACAUCGUGAUUGUCACCACACUGCUUCAGUUCAUGUUCGCCUGCAUCGGGGUCCAGCUCUUCAAGGGAAAGCUCUACACCUGUUCAGACAGCUCCAAGCAGACCGAGGCAGAAUGCAAGGGUAACUACAUUACAUACAAGGACGGGGAGGUUGACCACCCCAUCAUACAGCCCCGCAGCUGGGAGAACAGCAAGUUUGACUUUGACAAUGUCCUGGCAGCCAUGAUGGCUCUCUUCACGGUCUCCACCUUUGAGGGGUGGCCAGAGCUGCUGUACCGCUCCAUCGACUCCCACACGGAAGACAAGGGCCCCAUCUACAACUACCGCGUGGAGAUCUCCAUCUUCUUCAUCAUCUACAUCAUCAUCAUUGCCUUCUUCAUGAUGAACAUCUUCGUGGGUUUCGUCAUCGUCACCUUCCAGGAACAGGGAGAGCAGGAGUACAAGAACUGUGAGCUGGACAAAAACCAGCGACAGUGUGUGGAAUACGCCCUGAAGGCCCGGCCCCUGCGGAGGUACAUACCCAAGAACCAGCACCAGUACAAAGUGUGGUAUGUGGUCAACUCCACCUACUUCGAGUACCUGAUGUUCGUACUCAUCCUGCUCAACACCAUCUGCUUGGCCAUGCAGCACUACGGUCAGAGCUGCCUGUUUAAAAUCGCCAUGAACAUCCUCAACAUGCUCUUCACUGGCCUCUUCACUGUGGAGAUGAUUCUGAAGCUUAUUGCCUUUAAACCCAAGGGUUACUUUAGUGAUCCCUGGAAUGUUUUUGACUUCCUCAUCGUAAUUGGCAGCAUAAUUGACGUCAUUCUCAGUGAAACUAAUCACUAUUUCUGUGAUGCAUGGAAUACGUUUGACGCCUUGAUUGUUGUGGGUAGCAUUGUUGAUAUAGCAAUCACCGAGGUAAACCCAACUGAACAUACCCAAUGCUCUCCCUUUAUGAACGCAGAGGAGAACUCCCGCAUCUCCAUCACCUUCUUCCGCCUCUUCCGGGUCAUGCGCCUGGUCAAGCUGCUGAGCCGUGGGGAGGGCAUCCGGACCCUGCUGUGGACCUUCAUCAAGUCCUUCCAGGCCCUGCCCUACGUGGCCCUUCUCAUAGUGAUGUUGUUCUUCAUCUAUGCCGUGAUCGGGAUGCAGGUGUUUGGGAAAAUUGCCCUGAACGACACCACGGAGAUCAACCGGAACAACAACUUUCAGACCUUCCCCCAAGCUGUGCUGCUCCUCUUCAGGUGUGCCACUGGGGAGGCGUGGCAGGACAUCAUGCUGGCCUGCAUGCCAGGGAAGAAGUGCGCCCCGGAGUCUGAGCCCCACAACAGCACGGAAGGGGAGACGCCCUGUGGCAGCAGCUUCGCCGUCUUCUACUUCAUCAGCUUCUACAUGCUCUGUGCCUUCCUGAUCAUCAACCUCUUUGUAGCUGUCAUCAUGGACAACUUUGACUACCUGACAAGGGACUGGUCAAUCCUUGGUCCCCACCAUCUGGACGAAUUUAAAAGAAUCUGGGCAGAGUAUGACCCUGAAGCCAAGGGUCGCAUCAAACACCUGGAUGUGGUGACCCUGCUCCGGCGGAUUCAGCCCCCACUGGGUUUUGGGAAGCUGUGCCCUCACCGUGUGGCUUGCAAACGUCUGGUCUCCAUGAACAUGCCUCUGAACAGUGAUGGGACGGUCAUGUUCAAUGCCACCCUAUUUGCCCUGGUCCGGACAGCCCUGAGGAUCAAAACGGAAGGGAACCUGGAACAAGCCAAUGAGGAGCUCCGGGCCAUAAUCAAGAAGAUCUGGAAGCGGACCAGCAUGAAGCUGCUGGACCAAGUGGUGCCCCCCGCGGGUGAUGAUGAGGUCACAGUUGGCAAGUUUUAUGCUACUUUCCUGAUCCAAGAGUACUUCCGGAAAUUCAAGAAGCGCAAGGAGCAGGGCCUCGUGGGCAAGCCCUCCCAGAGGAACGCCUUGUCCCUGCAGGCUGGCUUGCGCACGCUGCACGACAUCGGGCCUGAGAUCCGACGGGCCAUCUCCGGAGAUCUGACAGCUGAGGAGGAGCUGGACAAAGCCAUGAAGGAGGCUGUGUCUGCUGCCUCUGAAGAUGACAUCUUCAGGAGGGCCGGUGGCCUGUUCGGCAACCAUGUCAGCUACUACCAAAGCGACAGCCGGAGCGCCUUCCCCCAGACCUUCACCACCCAGCGCCCACUGCACAUCAACAAGGCCACUAACAGCCCAGGCGACACCGAGUCUCCGUCCCACGAGAAAUUGGUGGACUCCACCUUCACCCCCAGCAGCUACUCAUCCACUGGCUCCAACGCCAACAUCAACAAUGCCAACAACACUGCCCUGGGCCGCUUUCCCCGCCCCACCGGCUACCCCAGCACCGUCAGUGCUGUGGAGGGCCACGGGCCCCCCUUGUCUCCUGCCAUCCGGGUGCAGGAGGCUUCGUGGAAGCUCAGCUCCAAGAGGUGCCACUCCCGGGAGAGCCAGAUAGCCAUGGUGUGUCGGGAGGAGUUUUCUCAGGACGAGACCUAUGACGUGAGGAUGGGUGAAGACGCAGAGUACUGCAGUGAGCCCAGCCUGGUCUCCACAGAGAAGCUCUCCUAUCAGGAUGAUGAAAACCGACAACUGACACCCCCAGAGGAGGACAAGAGGGACAUCCGGCAGUCUCCAAAGAGGAGCUUCCUCCGCUCUGCCUCCCUAGGUCGAAGGGCCUCCUUCCACCUGGAAUGUCUAAAGCGACAGAAGCAUCAAGGGGGAGACAUAUCUCAGAAGACAGUCCUGCCCUUACAUCUGGUUCAUCACCAGGCAUUGGCAGUGGCAGGCCUGAGCCCCCUCCUCCAGAGAAGCCAUUCUCCCACCACCUUCCCCAGGCCAUGUGCCACGCCCCCUGCCAUGCCCGGCAGCCGAGGCUGGCCCCCGCAGCCCAUCCCCACCCUGCAGCUCGAAGGAACCGAGUCCAGCGAGAAACUCAACAGCAGCUUCCCGUCCGUCCACUGCAGCUCCUGGUCCGUGGAGCCCACGCCUUGUGAGGGUGGCAGCAGCGCCACCCGGAGAGCCCGGCCUGUGUCCCUCACUGUGCCCGGCCAGGCGGGUGCCUGGGGCAGGCAGUUCCACGGUAGCGCCAGCAGUCUGGUGGAAGCGGUCUUGAUUUCGGAAGGACUGGGGCAGUUUGCCCAAGAUCCCAAGUUUAUCGAGGUCACAACCCAGGAGCUGGCUGACGCCUGUGACAUGACCAUAGAGGAGAUGGAGAACGCUGCUGACAACAUCCUCAGUGGGGGCGCCCAGCAGAGCCCCAACGGCACCCUAUUACCUUUUGUUAACUGCAGGGACCGGGGGCAGGACAGAGCAGGGGGCGAAGAGGACGGGCCCUGUGGGCCCAGCCAGGAGUGCCGGAGGAGCGAGGAGGAGCUGCAGGACAGCAGAGCCUACGUCAGCAGCCUGUAGGAGCGGGGCUGGGAGAUGCUGGGUUUUUUAUUUGUCUCAAUGUUCCUAAAGGGUUCGUUUCAGAAGUGCCUCACUGUUCUCGUGACCUGGAGUUAACGGAACAGCGUCUUCAUUCAUUUCGUUGGGACAAGACACAGAGUUGGGUGGUACGGAGAGUGAGCUUUUCGGGGGAAGAAAAGCAGCAACCCCAGUUUGUGUCCAGGGAGGUAGAGGGGAGAGGAGGAGGUGGGAGGGUCGGGGAGGGAGCACCAGAGAAGGCUGCUGCCCUCCCGUGCGGUAUGUCAAGCCCUGUGCCAGGAGCCAGCCUUCCCCUUGGGCACACAAGAGACCCUCCGCUUCCUGUGGUAGCCCUCACCGAAAGGACCUUUGUCAAACGGGUGUCUUUCAACUUUGCUUGUACAAAACUCAUUUUGCACAUAUUGUGUACGAGCCUCACUGUCCCCAUAGAGCCAGGGCCCUGUGGAUCUGCAGAAGGAGGCGGGCAUGACUCCGACCCACCCCCACCCCGCAGAGGG